AAGCUGUCGUGCAGUACGUGUUUUUCGUUAUCCGGUGCGUUUUUUCUCCCCUUCAUACUAAAAUUUGCAAGUCUAUUUGUGGGUGUACAGUGAACUUUUUUGCCUUCGAGUAGUUCUUUGUCCUGUGUGAAAGGAUAAUUAGAGUUUUUUCUGUAUUGUUUUGCCACUUGGCAGAAUAAUAAAUAAAAGUGUUGAAAAAGGAUACCUUUCGGUUUUGAAAUGCUUGUACGACAUACCCAGAGAAGUAAUUUAAAUUUGGGGUGGCAGUUUCGUAAUCGAUCGAAAAAGUAAAUUUGCGGCGUAAUCGAUUAGUUAGCGUGCGAACGUUUGAGGGCAAUUUUCUUCGCUUCAUUGGCAAGAGAGUAAGAAGUUUCUGCAACCAUGAUUUAGAUUCUCAACGUUGUUCAGUGUUCUGAUAGUACAUGCAACUUGAUACGAUAAAAUCAAAAUCGCGUGAAGAUAUAAACGAGUAGAGUAACACUAAAGUAGUUCGAGCAAAAAUUGCAAAUGAGUAUGAGAAUCAGUGCUACUAUCACGUAAGGUUUGCAGCAGUGUUGAAGUGAAAUAAGUGCUUUCUUUCUUUUUCCCUUUAUUACGAGCGUGGAAGGAUACUGUGAGUGUAAAUUAGCGUGGGCGUUGGGAAUUGGUGCGAGAGUGCACUACUUCUAGACGAAGUUGAGAAAAGCCAAAUAUUUGUACGAAGAACAUAACGUGAGCAGAAAAAGUGCUGCUACGCCAUGAUAUCUGCGUAAUUGAUGUUUUUCGUUCGUGUAAGCGAAUUUCGUCUGUUUGGACAUCCAGUCAAGGUCCUCAUUGUUAGCCGUAUCAGCAAGAUGUUUGGAUAAUUAUCUAAUUGAAACGAAGGAUACUGAACAGAAGAAGUAUCAAAAUCAGCAUUCCAAUGCGUUACAGGAAUUGAAAUAGGAUUAUUCCUGCAAUUCAAUUAUAUCGAAACGAAGUCGAUUUGUUGCCGUUGUGUGUCGUAGUUUGAGUUUUGGUGUGUUUGCUGCUGGUGAUUGGCACGACAUAGGCCGUCGCAUCGCUGUGACAUCAUCAUGGAUCAACAUCCACUGCUGCUGGGGAAUGAAAGCAUCCACGACAGUGGCAUCAUCGAAGAUGUCCACCAGGAGUCAGAGGACACCGGAAAUGAGGAGUAUGGGGACGAGAGCAAUUUAGAAUCCAAUUUGCGACGCCGAAAAGGCAAAAUCAUCUCGUGCGUGGAAAAUGCUUCCAGACUGAUUCGACGGCGGGUGCCAUGUGCAGGACAUUUGAUGACGCCACGGCGAUUAUGGCUGAACAAAAUUCCUACCCAGUGUGAUGUGGUGAUUGAAUUUCCAGAAGAUGCACCGGACGAUGCGCUCCGAUGGUUAUUAAAUAAAAUUAAGGCAACCCCACCAGACGGGUUAGGUUUAUCAACACUGGUGAGAGCACAUGACAGUACAAAACGAACCGCAUUUUAUGUCACAGCUCCGAUGAAUGUGCUGUUCAAAGCAGCAGAGGAAGCCCGGCUACCGAAAAGACUUCGCACCGAUCUUGGUGGGGCUCUGAAGGAAUUUACGAAGCGGGAAAGUCACUGUUUCGCCCAAACAAAGGACAGUGAGGGUGCAAACACACUAUUCACGUCUCAAGAGCGACAAUGGCUGGUGUUGCAGGUGCUGCAAGGACUACGGGCAGGAGUGUCAGAUCUCAAAGCGUUGCAAGGAAGAUCCCAAGUCGAGGAAGGUCAAAGCAUAGUGGCCGCCUGGCAGGAACUAGGACUGAUAACACAAGUGUUUCCCUUACACGAAACAAGCGCCUUACAGCAGCUACAGUCAAGCUGGGUCCGGAAGUUUUUUGCACCCCAGCCGUUAGACGAUAUCGCGGCAUACUUUGGAGUGAAAGUUGCGUUAUACUUCGCCUGGUUGGGACAUUACACGUGUGCACUGUGUGUUCCAGCCGUUCUGGGAACCAUUCUUUACGCAGGACUUUGGGGUCGGGGACAGACAGCACAGGAUAUCGGUCAUGUUAUUUUUUCCCUGUUCAACGUGGCGUGGGCAUCCCUUUACCUGGAAGCCUGGAGACGAUAUUCAGUUGAGAUGGCAUUCCGGUGGGGUACACUCUCGACUCCACCGGAAUUGCUGGAACCACCUAGACCCUUGUAUAAGGGCCCGCUGGAAGAGAGUCCUGUGACGGGUCGACUAGAACCUAAGGAAACACCCGCUUGGCAGCGCCGUGCGUUUCGGUAUUUAGUUAGCUUUCCAAUUAUCGGACUCUGUUUAGUGCUAGUGUUUGUAGUGAUGUUCCUAAUGUUACGACUUCAGGAUUGGCUCGAUCAACAUUUACCAAAUUCCAACGAUGGCCCCUGGGAUUGCAUGUGCAUGGUGUCAAAGGAUUGGUGGGAUGAGAAGCUACCCGAAACGGGAGUUUUCAGUUGUUUGAGUGUGAUACCGAAGGUUCUUCUUGCCGGCGCUAUUACUCUAAUGGAUGAGGCGUAUUACAAGCUGGCUGUAUGGUUGAAUGAUAAAGAAAAUUAUCGACUACAGUCCAAAUAUGAGAAUCAUCUCAUCGCAAAAGUGGCAUUAUUUCAGUUCGUGAACAGCUUCCUGUCAUUGUUUUAUAUUGCAUUUUAUCUACGCGACCAGGAUAAGUUGAAAGAGCAACUGGCUGGUCUACUCAUUUCUCGUCAAAUUAUCGGCAAUCUCCGAGAGUCGGCGUGGCCAUAUCUGGUGGAGCAGUGGAAGCUGGCUAAGCUAAGUUUCAAAAUGUGGGGCGCCCUGAGUCCAACCCAGGAGCUCCCACCACCCACUGACAGCAAACAAGUGGGCGACAGCAAACGUUCGUCGGAUUGCACAACGUCUACACCUAAAAGAUCCAUCGGACAAGCUGAAAUUGAAAGCUCUCUGUACAAAUAUGAUGGGACGUUCUCUGAUCACCUCGAAAUGCUCGUCCAAAUGGGGUAUGUUGUGUUGUUUUCGGCAGCAUUUCCUUUGGCCGGAUUGUGUGCCUUGGCAAAUAAUUUGCUGGAGAUAAGGUCCGAUGCUUUCAAAUUAGCUCAUGUGCAUCAGAGACCAUUCGGGCAGAGGGUGGCAAACAUCGGCACGUGGCAGAAUGCCCUGGGGAUGUUAGGACUGGCAGCAGUGAUAGUAAAUUGUGCACUAAUUGGCUUAUCCGGUCAGGUUUCCCGUCUCUGGCCCGGUCUUACUUCAACGCAGACUGUGAUAUUGAUAGUUGCGCUUGAGCAUGUCAUGCUUGGCUUACGCUCAGCUCUGACAUGGCUUCUACCAGAACUUCCCUCGUGGUUGGCCGCCGAGAUAGCACGCGCCGAACACUGUCGCCGAGAGAUGCAAUGCAAAGGUACGUCCCCGCGUCAAUCUCCUCCAUCGCCACCAUCAUCCACAUCGUUGUCUCAUCACGAUCAGGACUUCAACAGCAAUCAGGAUCUUUUCGGCAAAACCGAACAAUCAGUUGGCAGAUUUCACAUCUCCUCUAGUCACGAUAAUCAGGCUAAUGAUUUGGAGCGGGUCACGCUCAUAGACGUAGCGGCCAAGCUAGACAAUCUGAGCAGCCGGCAGCAACAAUCUCACCCGCAAUCGCCGCACCAGCAUCAACACAUCCUCCAGCAGCAGCAGAAGGAAUCGCGCAGCAGCAGUGACCACAUCGAUAUUUUCGGCAUUGAGACACGCGAGGUCACACCAGAGUCACCGAUUUCUCAGACCAGCACAGUACUAUUACGACCUGCCCAAGAUUCUCCCCUUAGUGGUCAAUCAGCACAAACUGUUGCAUUAGAAUCUACACAGUCGAACACGGGUGCAUGCCCAAAGAAGCCAAGCAUUAAACUCGCCGAAAUUCCGCCAUACCGUGGAGAGUCGAUGAAACACAGUUAUAGUAUUCACGAUAAGCGAAGCAUCAAUCUUGGUGAAACUAUGAGCCCCCGAAUAUCCUCGCCACCUAUACAGAUUCCAGAGAUUCCACCUUUUCGCAAGCAAGCACACUCCACAAUGCACUCGCCGGUCAGCCAGAGUCCGUUGGCGAAUGCUUCCCCGCCAAGGAUAGCCGAAAUACCACCCUUCCGACCGCGUAACAAGUCCAAGGAAUGGAUGCCUAACAUCGAGGUGAGCCGACUGAAGCACACCGAACACCAUCUCACGAUCGGGCCCAGUGGAGGUGCCGAGUGGGCCAAGCGUUUGAAGGCCGUAGAUCCUUCCAUUAUUCACAGAAGCACCGACUGUAUUGUAGCGAAGCAUCAGGAGUUGGCAACGGGAUCCGAUUCGGAGCUACUGAAGGCGGCACCGUCGUGGAACACUAUGGUGCCCAAAGUCAGCGAACAGUCGGGAACUAGCACGAGUGCACCGUCCGUGAAAGCACAAACCGAGGAGGAAGAUAAAGCAGCUGCUGAGCUAGCAGCGAAGAAAUCACGCCUCAAGCAGAGCCUGGUAAAGCGAGCGCGUUCAGUGGCAAUAUUUUCUCUGAAACUAAAGGAGCAACGAGCAAAACGUGCCGAGAAGGCAGCUCAGGAAGCGAGAGAUGCACUUCCGGCGCCUCCACCAGGUGGUGAACUGUCACUGAUUCCUAUCGAACAACUGAUCCAAGUGGACGAUGUCCUCAAUCAACUAAAUCUUAACCACAGCAGAAACGAAUCCCACACCGGCAACAGCAGCAGCAGUACCCAUACCCACAGCAACAACAACAACGGCUCAGGAAAUACGUAAAAUUGGACGUCGGCAUCAGUCACCACGGGGAAUUGAAUGUUGUACAGCAUAAAACGGAGAAAUUCCUUAAAUAUUAGCACACAGUCAUCCUAAAACUAAGGUCUGAUUAUGUUGAAUAUGUUUGGAAUGUGAAAAUAUAUAUAUAUAUAUAUACGCGCAGUAUACGCGCAGAUCAGAAUGAACUGUACAUUACGGGAAGCUUGUGGCGAAAACAGUUUGAAACAUAUUUUAAUCCUAGUCAUCUGCAAUAGGGCGUAGAUGUUCAUGCAUUUUACAGUAGGUAAUCUAAGAGUAGAAAUUACAUCAGGAAAUACAAUUUAGUGAAUAAAAAAGGCUGAUGGUGGUUAUGGUUCGUCGGAUGAGCUAUCGAAGGUAUGAAGCUGUAUCCCCGCAUAAGAUGACUAAAGUUCGAUAAUAGUUUUGGACAUAUUUUUUACAAAAUUGAAUAGGAUCGAUACGAACACUUGUGCUAUAUAGCGGCCAAAGAGAAAAUUACAAAAAAAACUACAUUAUUUAGUGCGCCAGCUUGAUUAAAUGUUUAAAAAAUAAGUAGUAAAUGCGGCAGAUUUUUACUGCAAAUCAUAAUUUUGAAAUGUUUGACAGAUCUUUUUGUGCUAUGAUCAAUUUUUCAGCAUGUGAACAGUACAAUCGGUAACUAACUUAGCCAAACACAAUCGUUUCGCACGAAUCAUAUUGUAUAAUCAUUUCAACUAUUACGAGCUUUUUGGCUUUCAUUUCCUUAUCGAGUACAGUUGAAAAGUUGAGAAUAAGUGCGACUUGCGAAUGAGUUUAACGAAAUGGUGUAUUUUGAUAUUUCAUUCCUCGCAGGUUUUUAUAUCACAGCUUCAAUUUCCACAAGUAUGAAUGAAGAAACGAACGAAUCUUUACCAACUACGUUUUUCGGAAAUUCAGAUCGAUUUUGAAUCGGAAUUGAAUCCCAAUGAAUCAACUACAUAUCUCCACACCACUCCUUUUAUUAUCGAACUACAGCCAGUGCUUGCAGGUUAUUCCGGCAAAUGAUGCAAUUUAGUUGUUAACAAACGGUGUUAAUGUAAUGAGUGUAUUUAUACGAUCGUUUCUUCAUUCCUACUUGUAGAAAAUGAAUAUUUCAUCAAAUAAUGCAAAGACAAAAAACGAUACAAAAUUUUCAAAGUGUUGCUUACAAUAAUUGCCAAUACAAUGUACUCUCAGCAUGGAGAAUAGUCAUACAAGUUCAUUCAAAAUAGCGUGGGUAACAUUUCAUCAAUACGGUAAAACUUGUCCGGAUGUCAUCACAGUCAUAAUCCAUUAUUAAUUUUGGUGUCAUUAUUUUUUUAUUAAAAUUUUUCUAUUACUUUAGUAUUGAGUGGUUCUGUUGUUUUUCUUCUUAUCAAACUAUUAGUUAAACUAAUGGGUAUUUCAACAGGGACGCUACAAAAAUAGAGCGAUAAAGACAGCAAACGACGCCAUAUUUUUUUCCGCUCUCUUGACCUGUAAAAUGAAUGUCAGAUACAAUGUACAACCCUUCCGGAGGUUAGUAUAUUUUACUCGAUAACAUAAGUAAACUUGAUUGUUGUCAUAUCUGAAGAAUGUGGUGAGAAAAGCGCGUAUUAAUAUUUUUUUGUUGUUGCCGUAAGGCAAUACGGAGGUUACAGUUUUGAUAUAGUUCUAAUAGGGGAGAUGCGGUUGAAAUGAAUAGUGUUGGUUAAAUGAACCGGUGCUCAAAUACCGAUAAUUCAGCUAAAAACUACACUACACUUCUUGAUUAUCCUAUUCUUAGAACAUAUGAAGCUAUUUAAGAAACCCUGUUAUUCAUGAAACUGUCAAAUGUAGAAAAAAAAAAUAAAACAGAAAUUUCUCUCACAGCAUCCAUUCAGAUGCAAUUUUGCGCGCAUCGUAUUUAAGGAAUUUCCCGUGAAAUUUAAGUUAUUCGACCUGAUAUCUUCGACAAAUUAUCAGUUUGGACGACUGUUCACAUAUUCGAUUAGAGGUAAACAUAUAUUUUGUUUGAUUUCAUGUUUUCUAUGUUUUCUGGAGCUGAUAUACUUUUCACAUGGUGUUGCUUUUGUGGCUUUGAUCCUGGGAAAAUAUGCUACCCCAAACGAAACCAAUCCUCAAUAUGUGAAGCGUUAUGUGUUUCUUAUUACGUUUUUGUACGUAUGAGAAAAUUCUAAUUACUACUCUAGGUGAAUAAGCCCAGAUCAUUUCAUGGAUAUAUCUAUUUUCUCAAUAAUUAUUCAAACAAAUUUGGACAUGAAACAACGUAUAAAUCUAACCCAUUUAACAUGAUAUGUACAGGUGUUCGUUUGACCACGGUUAAUUAGCCGCACACUAAAAAAAUGUUUCAUUUUACAACUUUUUUUCUUUUAAAUAAAUAUGUACUAUUUUUAUUUUUUAGAAUAAAAACUGUUUGAUAUCUUACACAACAAUUAGUUAAGCUAAGAUAUUUUUCGAAGAACGAAGAUUAUAGCGAUAUGCGGAAGCAUUAAAUGGGCAUAUUCCUUAGGGUGUUCUUCUUCUUUGUUUUUAAGAGGCUUUAAACUUUGUAGUUCAUUCGCCUCAAACCUUAGGGUGUUCAUUUUAACCGCAUUUCCCCCACAUACGUGCAUUUUCUCCGAGAAAAUGUAGCCGAUAUUGGGCUUACAUAUCAUGGUUCUGCUCGGAGACGAAUGAAUCAAAUGAUUUAAAGCCUUCGUAAACAAAGGAAAAGAGGAAGAAUAAUUAUUCUGCUUGACAUAUAUGUUUACCAAUUUCUCCUCGUUGGAUACAUCAAUCAUUAGUACGGUGGAAAAUUGCUAUUGGUUCAUAGCAUUUAUCAAAAAAAAAAGUUAUAUUCACUAGAAAUGUCUCUCAGUGUAUGUGCACACAAGGUGGGAUAUUUCAAUAAAGCAUGAGCGUUAUCGGCAAGGUUAUCAUUAUAAGCACGUAGCGCGACACAGCCUCCUACUUACCAAAAAAACAGGAAAACGCGAAGUCGUUCAUUGAUUUCAGAUAAGAAAUUCAAUGAUUUCUGACAGCAUAUACCAUUUAGCUAUGUGAUUGCAUGAGAGGAAAAUCCUCUUAAUCAGUUUGCGAUCAACAUCUAAUCGAUAAUUCGAAUUCUAGAAGGCUAGAAAUAUCAUUACCAGAUUCGUUUAUUAUCUAAUCAAACGUUUGGUUUGCGAGCUUUAGCUGAAGAAAACUGAUCCACAAUUACAUCUAAAUUAAGGUCUGCUAACGAUUCUUGAAGAUCGAAUGUAUUACCAAGGCUUAGGUUCAUUCUAGAACACAGAUAGCUUUUAAACAAUUCAAGCUUGCUGAAACUGUGUUCGCACGAUACCACUAUAACUGCAAGCGUCAGGAAAAUUCGUAGCGCUGUAGCUGCGUCUUGAACACUUUCACCUCUGAUACAAGAUCCUCUGUAUCAACGUCUGAAGAACACUUCCGUCCGAAAUUUGACGCAGCCUGCUUCAAUUAAUACAUGCUCAUAGAUGUUAGUCCGUCUUUUGUUAUAAAUGAAAAAUCCAACUGCAAUAUUAUUUUCUCGAAUACAGAGAUAACCUCCAGUCAAAAGCUAUCUCCAAUCGUUAUGGGGCUAUGGAGUUUCUAGUUUUUUGUUUGUUUUCCGUGGUUGAGUAGCUUAUAAAUUGUCAGGGAUUCCAAGUAGAAUACACUUUUCAUUUGCACACUGAAUGACAUGAUUAAACUUUUUCAUCUCCUCGAAUCAUGCACGCAAGGCUCUAAGCCUUUAAAAGGCCGUGGAAACUAGGUAAGGAAUCGAUUCAAACUUCAUAUUUAGCUUUGAUUAAAAAAUAAAGGAUUGAAUCAGUUGAUAAAAUUGGUGGCAACAUAGUUGCCACUGCCAGUUAACCACAAAAACACUGUUUGCCGCUACCUUGUAAGUUCACUUUAUUUGGGUUUUGCAAAAAUUAAAUCAAUAUUUCUAGGGAAGCGAAAACUAAUAACCUUUUGAAUAGACUAACAAACAAAAAAUUUAAAAUUUGAACUUUUCAUCAAAUCCAUCAUUUAAUUUAUUGAGAAACUGCGUAAUCUUACUAAAUAGAACGCUUACAGUGAAAAACUAAUCAACUUGUUGCAUUUUCAACGAAUUUCAACGUAAUUUUCAGCCGGCGCUCCAAAAUCGCGAUUUUUCUACAUAAAAAUAUCUCCCAAAUUAAUAUCGUACAUUUUUAGCAGCCCAAAAAAAUUGAGUAUCACCAGAUAUCUUUAAAAGUCUUUUGUUAAGCAAAAUAUUGAAAUAAAAUUCCAAGUGCAGCGAAAAAAUAUUGUUCGUGGGUGGCAAUACAGUCAAAGCUCUCUAUAGCGACAAUUUAUAUAGAGACAAUUCCUUCUAUAACGACAUGUCCAAAGCUCCCUUCAAAAUCGCAUAAAAAUUCUUUUCUUCAUUGCGACAUUUCUCUGUAACGACCAUUCCCUGUAGCGACACAUUACCGCUCAUACAUAUCAUUCUCUAUUGCGACAGUUUUUAAUGCCCCUCCAUUCACAGUGCUAUACUGCCGUUCUACGCAUAGUUGUCUCAAGUUCCAAAAUCAGCAACUGAGAAAAACGCAAUCAUAGUUUCCUAGCAUAUUAGUCUACCAGAAGCUUCAAGCAUUUCAGUUUAGCAAUACACCGGGCUUUUUAUGAGCAGUAAACUAUUGUCCAAUGAAAUGUGAAAAAUUCCCCUCACUUGAAUCAAUCAACUUUGAUUAUAAGUUUAAAAAUUCAUGCCUAGAAUAUCAACAUGGAACAAUUGAACUUGAUGUUGUUUUUUGAAAUACUGGGAACAAACAAUAAGCUUUUAAGAGUAUUUUUUCCGGAAGGUUAUGCAUAAAACAAAUAAUCUGCAACACCUUCGCAGAAUAUAAAUCUCAAUGUUAUUAGGCAUUCACUAACAAGGUGUAUACGUGUUCUGUUGAACUUUUUUUCUUAUUUUUUUGAAAAUCAGCUCGCUCUUCCAAACUAGAAAUGAGUGAAUUAGCGUUGCUGAAAGCGUGGCCUUAAAUUCUUGUACUUGAACCUAUUGAUUUAUUAUGGAUCUUCAAAAAAUACAUGACGGGACAAUUAUGCCUAGAAUAUCAACAUGGAACAAUUGAGCUUGGUGUUGUUUUUCAAAAUCUGGGAAUAAACAAUAACUUUUUCUGUGUUUUUCAAGUAGAUUAUGUAUAAAAACAUCGUUUAAUGGAGAAAAGUGAAAAUUGUCAAAAAGUAACAUGGGAAAACUAUGCGUAGAUCGGCAGUAUAAUAAUUAGCUAAAUGGAAUUUAGUAUAUGACCAUGAGCGAAAAUAGUCUAUGUUAAGUUUUGCGAACAUUAACCAUCUGUUCGCGCAUAACUAAUAUAAAUUCUCGGAUACUUUACAAAAACGGAGAAAUUUAAAUUUGAAACAUGAUACCAAACCUGAAAACAUAUUCAGAUGCGAUUCUGCUAACGGUAAAUUUUGAAAUUCUGUUCCAAUUCUGCUGCACAUAAUCAGCUGUACCAUUUCGUAAAACAAAAGGGCAAUCAAAAAAAUAACUUUUGAAAGUGACGUGAUCGCUCUGAAGCUCUCGUGAUUCCAGUGAGAAACAAACUCAGCGAUACUGUGUGUAAGUAAAAUUGAAUUAUAAUUAAGUUUUAAGAACAAUACUGAAAUUUCAGUAUCUACCAAAAUGUCAGUUGAGCCCUCAUGAUUUAGAACGCAUAUUUGGUGAAAAAAUGUUGUUCGUUCAUUUUCAUUAAUUGGAUUAUUUUUGCCUUUAAUAACAAUGCAUUCUCUAUGUAGUGGAUUUUUAUAAGAAAAGAAGCACUUUUCCCCCUCCUAAUUAUUGGAUCUCUUUUUUUCUUUUCUAUUGGAUUAUGUUUAACAACCAAUUUAUUCUAUCCGCAUGACUCAGCUCAAAAUGAUCCUGGCGCAAACAAAAUUCAUUCCCGCAAAAACAGUGCAAGAGAUGUUUUUAAAUGUUUUUAAACAUUAUCUAUCUAAAUAUCCAAAAAAAAAUCGUGAAAUUGCAAACUGCAAUAUUUUCCUCUACACAUGACCUCUGUGCUUCAACCACUUGAACUUGGAAUAAUGGAAGCAUUGGAAGUGCUUUUAUUCUUUUGAAGGUUUGGUUAUAAAUGGAUAGUAUUUUCAAAUAUCAUUUGUAAAUACAAACUUCGAUUAUACCUUCGAUGAUAUUUGAAAAAAUACGACCAAUAAAUACAAACUUCGAUUAUACCUUCUAUGUCUGGCUUCUAAUCCAGACUAUGUGACUUUUGACAACUACUUAUGCGAAGGAGCAACUUUGUCUGGCGAUGACAUAAUAAAAACAUUGCUCUUGCAAUGUUUUUAUUAUGUCAUCGCCAGACGACAUUGAUGAUGAAACUCAUUCAGUGUCUGACGAAGUAGUUGACAGUGGAACUAUAAGCCCAUCCUCUUAAAUCCAGCUAGAAGAUGCUUUCCAAACUAUUUAUGCUGAUUUAUCCACAGACACAAAUUUACCAAAGAACAGCAUUUCAUUUUUUUUCAUUGAACAAAAAGGGUUAGGGGACAAAUGAGCUGAAUUUUGUAUAUAUUGUUCAAUGUUUUGUUGUUUUUUUUCGAAAUAAUUCAAUUUGGUUGUUUCGUGUGAACUCGAGCGUUUCUUUCUCUAUAACAACAUCCGAAUUUUUUAAAGCGACAGUUCUUUAUAGCGUCAAUUCUCUAUAACGACGGUCCCUUGCGAUGUCACUAUAGAGAGUUUUCACUGUAUAUUACCACGGCCUUUUAAAGGGUUGAGGAGUUUACUUGUUACGUCGGUUUCAUGUACGUACAGAAGCAGUUGCUUCUUUCAUGAUGGAUGUUUUUUACUCGAUUGAAAGAUGAAAUAUAAUACGGGAAAAAAUGCUAUUGAAAAUUCUUGGAUUUUGGCGCCCCAAAGGGUCAGCGCCCCCGGCAAAUGUCGGGUUUUCCACCCGCUGACUACGCUGCUGAAAUGAAUUAUUUAUCAUCUGACGGAGAAUAAAAUAUGAGAAAUAUUCUUGAAAUCUAUUCCCUCAAUGAAAACAACUGUUACGGAAAUUCCGAGACUACUCACAUAGAUGAAUGGUCCAAAAGUAGAACAUUACCUGUUUUACUGCUAUUCUUUGCGUCUCAUUCCGAAUAGGGAGAUUCAAUUAUAAGACGAAUACGUUGUAGCAUUCAUGUUCAUAAAUACUUGGACGAAGUCUAGAUGUUUUGAGUGAACUGUAGGGUAAGCUGGAGUCAUUUGGACAUACGAUACAUACAGCAACUAUAGAAUCACUCCAUUUUUCUGAGUUUCCAGAGAUAUGUAAGAAGUCGGUUGAAUUGAAGUAUGUAGUGUAGGAUAUAAUAACUAUCUUCAUAUAAUAGACUGGUCAUCUGAACUUUAUUGUUAUGUCCAGGCGCGAAACAUUCAAAAAACUUAUAUUCCAGUGUUUCAUAACUAUAGAACCAGAUGGAAAAAAUCUUACUCCUACACAAAAUUAACGUCAAUUUCACAUGAAUUACAAUAAGUUUUAUAAUUUGUAGGACAUCUUUAGUUCUCAAUCAGUUCAAAUAACCCAUUCGGGGCGGUUUCGACCAAGCUGCGCCAUGUUGUAGUAUGUAUCUCGUUCAACGCAGAGAAUACUGCUCGUUUAAGUUCUUCAAAUCACUCAUACUGCAUGUAAACUGCAUUUACAAUUCGUACGAUCACUCCUCAUAAGUUCUUGAUGGGAUUUUGAUUUGGUAAACAACCUGACCAGUCCAGAAUCUGAAGCCCCUAUUCAUUAAACUCUGUCAUGACCUUCCGGAUUUUAAGAAUUGAUGCCAAAUUACCCAAUUAUCACGGUGUUUUUGAUGCUAAAACAAAAGUAAAUGACUUCUGACUGUGCGUUCGUGUUAAUGAAAAGCUGUCUGAACCAGGUCUUUUUGAAAAUAUUUUCCUCAAACCAUCAAACUGCCGCAUGCAAAAUCAAGAGUUGAAACAUUACAUGACACGUUCCGUGAGACUUUCCAAUAUGAAGGAAUUCUAUUCAAGUUGGUUUUUUUUUCAUCGGAGAGGUUCUCCUGGAAUAGUGAAACCCAUGGGAUUGGGCUCCACAUUAGGUUUUGGACCCGGAGCUUUGGUGAUGGGAUUUUUAUGGCAUGGGGAGAAUUUUCUCGAAAACGCCUGGUUUAGAUAGCUUACCAUCAACAAGAAUGAACAGUCAGAAGUGCAACAAAGUACCUCAGAAUCAUUUACUGUUGUUUUAGCAUCAUAUACAAUGGUAUAAUUGGGUAAUUUGGCAUCAAUUUGUAAAAUCCGGAAGAUCAUGGCAUGGUUUAACGAAUAGGGGCUCAGAUUCUGGACUGGUUAACCAAAUCAAAAUCCUGUCAAGAACUUACGAGUAGUGAUGGUACGAAUAGUAGAUGCAGUUUACAAGCAGUAUGAGUGAUUUGAAGAGCUUAAACGAGCAGUAUACUCUGCGUAGAACUAAAUACACACUACAACAUGUCGCAGCUUGGUUGAAACCACCCCGAAUGGGUUAUUUGAACUGUUUGAGAACUAUAGGUGUCUUACGAAUUGGAAACUUAUUGUAAUUCAUGUGACAUUGACGUUAAUUUUGUAAAAGAGUGAGAUUUUUUCCAUCUGGUUCUAUAGUUAUGAAACACUGGAAUUUUAGUUUUAUAAAGGUUUUGCGUCUGGACACAACAAUAAAGCUCAAUUGGCCAGUCUUAUAAAUGAAGUUAGUUAUUAUGUCCUACACUAUAUACUUCAAUCCAACAAACUUCUUACAUAUCUCUGAAAACUCAGGAAAAUGGAGUGGUUCUAUAGUUAUGAAACGCAGUGUAGUAGAACUAUUGAUAUUCUUUUUUAAUGCUGAGGUGUAAAUCUAGUUUUUCUUUAAAUUUCUCAUUUCAUCAAAUUUUUAAUUUUUUUUUCAUCAAUCAGAAAACAUUUGAAGCAUCAUGAAAUUUCAAACGAUGUUUGAAAAAGACGGUUUUUUUUUAGAUUAUUUGAAUUAAGAUGUUCACAUUAAGGUGAACCCACAUUAUCUAUAAUGUUGCUCGUACGUCUAUUCUCUGUGCUAACAGCAUGCCUCAACUAUAGUUUACGCUGACAAUCGACUAAAGCACUGAUGUUGGGCUUAUAUCUGAUAAUCAGUUGAAGCCGUUCCGUUCUAUUCACGAUACAUGCCAUAUCUGUUCAUUUACGGAAUGUAAAACACAAUGCAAUAAUAUUUACAAAAUAAUCAAACAUAGCAUAUUCCUAUAUUUACUGCUUACGGCAUACAGUUGCCACUGGGCCUAGUUUGCAUCUAAACAAUAGUGAAAUGAAUCCGUCGAGUCAAUUAAAUCAGGCGAAAUUUAGCGAGCCAGGCAGCACACAACCCAAAGCCGUCUUCAUAUGAGAAUUCAGCUGAAUUGCAUAGAUCCAAUUCUCACCGAUGUAUAGCAUCCUAUUCUGACAGCUGAAAUGAUACCGUAAGCACAACUCUCACACGAGAAACACUACAACAAUUGAAGUCAACUAUACUAUCUAGUCUUUGUACAUAGCAAUUUUAUCCCUAGCAAGAAGACAGAGCCCUUCUCUACUCAUUGUAGUUUACUUCCUCUGGAAAAAUCUUCAUCUCUCAACGGAAAAAUUACGAACAUUAAUCCAAUCACAAAAUCGACAGAAGCUAUUCCUAAUCCUAAGCAUAAAUAGAAAUUUUGCUACGUCCAUUGACGUUGUAUAGUUUUCAACCAAUUUUUAUUGCAAUUUAUCUUAUGUUCCAUAAUUAAAUGCUAAUGCCAUUGAUUUGAAUUGAAAGCAUUGAAAACAAAAAAAAAAUUGGAAUGCAGAUUAUUACUCUUGAAAAGAUCGCAUUUGAACCGAAUUUUCUCAAAUAUCGAGCAUCGCAAACUUUAUGUUAGGCAUUGUGAAUUGAUGAUCGUUGAUUGCGUGCGUACACUUUUUAUAAACGCCAUUUUUGUCGGCUUAUUGUUAGUUUCUAAACGUUUAGUUUCUAUUGUUUCCUUCGUGUAUGGAACCCACCAAGUAGCAGAGUUUCAAUUUGCACACCAGCUAAACUACUAAUCUAAAUUCAAACAAAUUAAAAGACGUUGUUGAAUAUAUCAGAGCUAAAAUAAACGCAGUAAAAGUUGAUUAGUUAAAUCAAAUAUUCGAUAAGAACUGUACAAUAUUUCUUUUCAGGAAUAAAAUGUUGAUGUUACUUGAAAA